AUGGCGUUUCGCAGUUCGGUGUUGGGUUUGUGCGAGGGCGAUGACUAUGCCGCGGACCCGCGCCAGAGCGGCGGCGGUGGCGGCGGCGGCAGCAGCAAGGGGAAGUGCAAGGGCUCGACCUCGGCGCUGCCCACGCCUCGCAUCGCCUUCACCGACUUUGGCGGCGGGAUCGGCGGCGGCGGGGGCGGCAGCGGCGGCGAGAGCUCGCCCAGCCCCGCGCACCACCGGCACAGCUCGCCCGAGCCGCCCCCGGGGCUGGUGGACGCCGUGCUGUGCCUUGCCGGCGGCGGGGCGGGGCGGGCGGCCGGCGGCGGCGGCGGCGGCGGGGGCGGGGGCGCACGCGCUGUACGGCGGCUGGCGCGCCUGCUCAACCAGCGGGGC